UGAAUUGUGGGAUUGAAACCGAAAAUCGACAACAAACUGUCUUCGCUGUCACCUCGCGUUGAUAACUGUUUGUAUUUAGUAGCGUUUCGUUACACCACUUUACUGGAAAAAGAGAAAUGGAAAAUGUGCAUCUGGCUGGGGAGGAGGAGGAUCUUUAUUCGGGUUACAACGACUAUAAUCCCACAUUUGACUCCGAGGAGUUGGAAAACGAUGUGGGCUUCCAGCAAGCAGUGAGGACAAGUCAUGGAAGAAGACCUCCAAUGACUGCCAAAUUUCCUGGCACUGCCAUUGGAGCUCGACCUUUAGCUUCUUCCUUUGGAGCUCGGAUCCCUCUGGCCUCUUCAAUGGGCAGACCCAUGACUGGAGCUGUGCAGGAUGGAGCAGCCCGACCAAUGACUGCUGUGAGAGCAGCGGGUUACACUUCCUCCCUGACACGUGGCUCGACCUUUGACCCUCUGGGCCAGUCCAAAGGCCCUGCACCUUCACUUGAAGCAAAGAAUGAGGACACACCUGAGGAGAAGAUUAAGAUACUGGAGAAAAAAGUGAAUGACCUGAUAGAAGAGAGCUGCAUGGCACAGAGCAUUGGAGCCUUACAACUGGCCCUUGAAAAGGCCAAAGAAGCAGGGAGGAAGGAAAGAGCACUGGUGAGACAGAGGGAACAAUCUGGCAAUGCGGACCACAUCAAUUUAGACCUCACCUACUCUGUUUUGCUCAACCUUGCCAACCAGUAUGCGAACAAUGAAAUGUACCCAGAGGCGCUAAACAGCUACCAGGUUAUUGUUAAGAACAAGAUGUUCAGUAAUGCAGGCCGCCUAAAAGUCAACAUGGCUAACAUCUACGUCAAACAGAAGAACUACCCCAAAGCCAUCAAGUUCUACCGAAUGGCACUGGAUCAGAUCUCCAACGCUCACAAGGAAAUGAGGAUCAAGAUCAUGCAGAACAUUGGCGUGGUCUUUGUCCGCAUGGGCCAAUAUUCAGACGCCAUAACAUCUUUUGAGCACAUCAUGAGUGAGAGUCCCAACAUCAAGACAGGCUUCAACCUUAUCCUGUGCUACUAUGCCAUCGGUGACAGGGAGAGAAUGAAAAAGGCCUUUCAGAAGCUCAUCUCUGUUCCUCUGGGCAUUGAUGAUGAAGACAAGUACAUCCCAGCUAAUGAUGACACAGACUCAAGUAUGGUCAUCGAGGCCAUUAAGAACGACAAACUUCACCAGAUGGAAAGAGAUCUAAAAGUCCUGACUGAGAAGUACAUCAUGACCGCUGCCAAACUGAUCGCUCCGGCCAUUGAGACAUCUUUUGCUACUGGAUUUGACUGGUGUGUGGACAUGGUGAAGAAUUCUCAGUAUGUUGAGCUUGCCAACGAUCUAGAGAUAAACAAAGCUAUCACCUACCUCCGACAGAAGGACUUCAACCAGGUUGAGGCAGUGGAGACUCUAAAGACAUUUGAGAAGAAGGACAGCAGAGUGAAGAGUGCUGCAGCCACCAACCUCUCUUUCCUCUACUUCCUGGAGAAGGACUAUGACCAGGCUGACCGAUACGCAGACCUUGCCAUGACUGCUGACCGCUACAACCCGGCAGCACUUAUCAACAAAGGCAACACAGUGUUCGUCAAGCAAGACUAUGAAAAGGCUGCAGAGUUCUACAAAGAAGCACUUAGGAAUGAUUCCUCCUGCACUGAGGCCCUCUACAACCUGGGUCUAACCUAUAAGAAACUGAAUCGUCUCGAGGAGGCUCUGGACUGCUUCCUGAAGCUCCAUGCCAUUCUACGGAACAGUGCCCAAGUCAUGUACCAGCUGGCCAAUCUAUAUGAGCUUCUGGAAGAUCCCCAACAGGCAAUCGAGUGGUUGAUACAGGUCUUGAGUGUAACUCACACCGACCCCCAGGCACUGGCCAAACUGGGGGAGCUUUAUGAUGGCGAGGGGGACAAAUCCCAGGCUUUCCAGUACUACUACGAGUCCUUCAGAUACUUCCCCUCCAACAUCGAUGUCAUCGAGUGGCUUGGGGCUUACUACAUCGAGACACAGUUCUGUGAGAAAGCCAUUCAGUACUUUGAAAGAGCCACACUCAUACAACCAACCCAGGUGAAGUGGCAGUUAAUGGUGGCAAGCUGCUACAGAAGAAGUGGAAACUAUCAGAAGGCUCUGGAAACGUAUAAAGACAUUCACCGCAAGUUUCCAGAAAAUGUGGAAUGCCUGCGUUUCUUGGUGAGGCUGUGUACGGACAUGGGUUUAAAGGAAGUCCAAGAAUACGCCACCAAGCUGAAGAAAGCAGAGAAGAUGAAGGAGAUCAAAGAACAGAGGGUGAAGUCGGGGCGGGAGGGCAGUGCCAGAGGUCGGAGAGAAAGCAGAGAGGGCAGCGCUGGGAGUGCUGACAGCGGCCACAGCAGCAACAGCACUAAGGGAGAGCGGCUGAGCGCCAAGAUGAGGUCACUUCCUGGUUCCAAUGAGCCCUAUGAGGCCAGCAGCCCAAAAGAAAUAGAUGCAUCCUACGUGGACCCACUGGGGCCUCAGAUGGAGAGACCAAAGACUGGAGCCAAGAAGCGCAUGGAGGAUGACGACUUUGCAGAUGAAGAGCUGGGAGACGACCUGCUGCCGGAGUAGCUUUCUCCAAAUUCUGCCUUCACUGCAUUGUUGGGACAUCUGCUCUUUUGUCACCUUUUUGAAAGGCAAUAGCACAAAGCUUCACCACAAAACUAAAACAUUUUAUACUCCACUCUUCAGCAAAAAAACAUCAAUGUUACAGGAUAAAGACUUGAUUUUUCAUGGGCAUCAAUAAGGGUCCAGUACAUCUGUUAUUGUAAUACAGUCACAAUGCAGUUAAAGUGUUGACAUUUUACUUCAAUUUAAAUGUAUUUACAUUCAUAUCCAAUGAAUUGUGUAGAAACUAUAGACCUUUUAGACAUUCUGUUCCUCCCAAGAGUAAGGAAGUUCUUUACUGUUCACAAAAUGUGAACGCCCUAAAACACAAGUGUGCAUUUUAACCUCACUGUCACUUUUUUCAUUUUAACCCCAGUGUUGGGGCACAGAGCCAAAACAAUGAAAAACAUAUUGCUGUCGUAAUAUUUUUGACGGCAAUAUAUGUUUCCAUGUGUGUGAGCUAGGAGCUGCUUUGCAACAGGAUACAAGAAACUUGUGUUUAGUUACUUUUUACAUUUUGUCCUUAUUCCAAAAUGCUUAUUUGUAGUAUAUUUAUUUUUGUUUGUGUUUAUAUUUAAUAAUAAUAAUUAAAAAAGAAACUAUUUUAUCUAUUCAA